CUCCGUACCCCACGUGGUGGUGGUGGUGCUUGUUGCGGCGGCGGCGGCAAUGGCAGUGGCGGCGCAUGCGAGGUGCGAAAUGUAAACACGGCGCCUCGGCGGACAAAAGACAGCAGCAGCAGCAGCGGCGGUGGUUGUUGGUGGCCCCUCGGUGAAGACGACUGCGGCGGCGGCGGGCAGGCGGGCAGGCGGCAGCGGAAACAACGAACGCGGCAGAAUCUCGGCGACGUCCCCCGCGUAGGCCACCUCGCCGAGUGACCAUUUAAAAAGCAAAUAAAAAUGUCACUGUACAGCUUUCUUUUGGAGCCCAUAACUUGUCACGCGUGGAACAGCGACCGCACACAGAUCGCCAUCAGCCCAAAUAAUCACGAGGUUCACAUUUAUCAGAGGAAUGGGAGCCAGUGGAGUAAAGUGCAUGAAUUGAAGGAGCAUAAUGGUCACAUCACUGGCAUUGACUGGGCAUCACGGAGCAAUCGCAUUGUAACUUGUGGUUCCGACCGCAAUGCGUACGUGUGGACGCUCAAAGAGGGCGUUUGGAAACCAACACUGGUCAUCCUCCGUAUUAACCGAGCAGCCACUUGCGUGAAGUGGUCACCGCGGGAAAACAAAUUUGCUGUUGGCAGUGGCGCGAGACUCAUCUCUGUGUGUUACUUCGAGCAGGAGAAUGACUGGUGGGUGAGCAAACACAUAAAGAAGCCGAUUCGAUCGACAGUGCUGAGCCUUGACUGGCAUCCCAAUAAUGUUUUGCUAGUGGCAGGCUCUUGUGACUUCAAAUGCCGAGUCUACUCUUCAUACAUCAAGGAGGUUGAGGAGAAGCCUUCGCCUACACCUUGGGGGAUCAAGAUGCCUUUUGGGUCCAUGAUGGCGGAGUUUGGAGGAGGUGGAGGCUGGGUUCAUGGCGUGUGCUUCUCAGGCUCUGGAAACAAAGUGGCCUGGGUUAGCCAUGACAGCACCAUCUCAAUAGCCGACGCCACACGAAACAUGGAGUCUUCCCAUCUGAAAACAGAAUUUCUUCCACUGUUGAGCAUCAUUUUUGUCACAGAAAACAGCAUUGUAUCUGCGGGUCACGACUGCUGCCCCCUGCUGUUUGUGCAUGACGACCGGGGAGUGCUGUCCUUCUCAAGCAAGCUGGACAUCCCCAAGCAGAGUCUGCAACGCAACCUCUCAGCCAUGGAGCGCUUCCGCAACAUGGACAAGAGGGCGUCGGCGGAGCAUCAGGACACCACGCUUCACACACUGCACCAAAACAGCAUCACACAGCUGUCUUUAUACGAGGGAGACAAAAGUAUCUGUACAAAGUUCUGCACCACUGGCAUGGAUGGAGCCUUAGCAAUAUGGGAUUUAAAGUCACUGGAAGCAAGUGUUCAAGGCCUCCGCAUCUACUGAUUUCUCCUACUGUUUUGGGGUUUUAUUUUUUAACCAUCUUUGCAACAAGUUCCAAUAUAUUGCUUGUGUUUUUACUUCAGCACAGAAAAACUGAAGAUGGACACUAAAUAAAAAGUAAUAAAUACAUAAUUAGCAAAACUAAAGAAGCUACGUGAACAUUAAAAGGAUGCUGCAUACUUAAUGGACUGGGACUCACUGUGCUGCGACUAGCUGAAACACUAGACCUAAAGAACGGACAUCACGCCAUUUUUGCCUUGCAUCCUCUCCAGCCAUGGCGCAUGAAGCAAGCACUUGUGUCCACCCUGUCCUUUGACCCUUCACCGCCCUAUAUUGAGGUGUAUUACUGCAAUUGGAAUACCCAUGUAUGUAUUACAAAACAAUAAAAUAUGAAACUCAG